AUGGCACUGAAUUCUGCUGUUCUCCCCAAUGCCACUUCUAAUGUGGUCAUUGGUGGCAUUCAUUACGACACAACUACCGAGCCACCCAGAGCUCUGGCUGAGGAACGGAAGAACGUAACUUUCAAUGUCAGGGACAUGUCCUAUUUCAUUGAUGGCAGUAAAGAAGUUACCGAAAGAUUCGAGGAUUUUAUGAAUCAGAUUGAACGUGAUCCACUGUUCUCAAAUGAUGCUUUCUAUGAUCUGACUCUGGACAAGAAGAGAGAGCUCACUAUGGCCCGUGUCGCUCAAGCUUUUAAAUACAUGGACAAGUACAAGACUACUAAAGAAAGGGCUGAUUUACUACUGGUAAUUGGUUUAGCUGAUCCAAGUGUAAACACUCGUAUGUUUGUUCAUUUCAAUUUAUUUCUCAGUGGAGUUCAGGGCUCAGGAACUGAUGCUCAACUGAAAUAUUGGGCCAGUCGGGGUGCUGUUACCGGCCAUAAAUUCUAUGGAUGUUUCGCUAUGACUGAAGCAGGUCAUGGUUCCAAUGUAGCUGGUCUUGAGACAACUGCUGUAUUUGAUGAAGCAACUGAUGAGUUUGUCAUUAACACGCCUAAUCAGGCUGCUGCAAAGGUGAGUUUAUAUCAUGAUUUCAUUAGGAACUGGAGUCCUAGGUAUGAUCUGCCCCCAUUAUAG